AUGGCCGCCUCGUAUCAUGUCAAGCAGAGAGAAACCCGGCUUCCGUCAUGCACAUUGGACAUAGUGAUUGCCGGAGCAGGCAUCGCCGGUCUAGGCGCUGCCAUCAGCUGCCUGCUAGCCGGACACAACGUCCACAUCCUCGAAGCAGCGUCAGAGAUCAAGCACGUUGGCGCCGGGAUCCAGGUCCUACCCAACGGCUCCCGGAUCCUCAAGCACUGGGGCUUAGAGGAGCGAUUAACCAAACACUGGGCCAAGGCCGAGGCCUACCGGAUCUUCGGCUGGAAGGGCAAUAUGAUCACGAGCAUGAAUUUAGAUGAAACGGCGAGUGCGUACCCGGGCACAUGGUUCCGGGCAUUCUAUCGCCCAUACCUGCAGCAGACCCUGCUGGAGCGUAUCGCGGAGUUGGGUGGGAAGAUAAGCUGCAAUGCUAGGAUUGUUGAUGCGGCUUUCGCUCCGGAUGGGAAAACGGCUACAGUCAUGACGGAGAAUGGCGGACGGUGGACGGCGGAUCUGUUUAUCGGCGCUGAUGGCAUUUUUGGGAAGCUCGCCGAUCAAGUCUUGGAUCAUCCGACGCCACCGACGAAGACCGGGGAUCUGGCGUAUAGGGUCCUGUUGUCUUCUCCGGAUGUUUUACGGGAUCCGGAGCUUGCGGAGUUUGUGACUAGGCCGAAUAUGAACUUCUGGUAUGGGCCGGAUAAGCACGUCGUGGCAUAUCCUCUGAGUAAGGAGCUUUUUAAUAUCGUGCUUCUGGCUCCGGAUGAUAUUCCGGAUGAUUCGAAGGCAAGCACCGUGGCUGGGAAUGUGGAGGAGAUGCGCUCUCUGUUUGGAGAUUGGGAUCCUCGAAUCUCGAAACUCCUAAAGCUAUGCAAAUCAGUUCACAAAUGGCGACUAUGCACCCGAUUCAACACUGGAGGCUGGUCCCAUCCAUCAGGCGCCGGCGUUAUGAUCGGGGACAGUGUCCAUGCGACCCUCCCUUAUCUUGCAGCGGGCGCUGGCAUGGCCCUCGAAGACGGUGCAGUUCUGGGUGAAUGUCUCUCCCGUCUUCCCAAUGAUGCCAACAUCACCAAGUCUUCGCGCGAGUUCCUUCUUGCGAAGCGACAUGCACUUGCAGUCUUCGAGAAAUGUCGCAAGCGACGGACAUUGAUGAUCGUGACGCGGUCAAACGAACAAAAGGACCUUGAGCAUCUUCCUGAUGGGCCGGAGCAGGAACUGCGCGACAGGGAGAUGCAGAUGGUUCCAACACCACCGGGGGAAGCAUUGGUGUGGCGCGAUCCGGGCAUUGCUCCCGAGCUCUAUGGCUGGGAUCAUGUUGUAGAGGUGAGUCUUUGGCUUGUCGUACGUUGUGGAGGGAGAUAG